UAAUAAUAAUAAAAUGUUUAACCGAUUAAUGAUGAAGUCACUGUCUUCUCCUUCUUCAUCGUCUGUACGAGCGAUGGGAUUAUCAUCCGCACCUGUUAGGUUGUUGUUGGAUGCAGCAUCAGAACAAGAAUGCACACUCGACUGUAGUUCCCACGGUGUAUGUGAAUAUAUGGAUGGUUAUGAUCAGCCUGUAUGCCGAUGCUUUUCUGGUUGGACAGGUUCCGAUUGUUCUACAAAACGAUGCGAUACUCGUUGUUUUAUAAAUGGACAUUGUACUAAUGGUACAUGUAUUUGUAAAGUCGGUUGGAAUGGAAAAUACUGUACAUUAGAUGGUUGCCCAGAUCAUUGUAAUGGACACGGUCAAUGCAUCAUGAAUAUAUUGACUAAUUUUUAUUAUUGUCAAUGUUCUCCUGGUUGGUCAGGUAGUGCGUGUCAACGACAAAUCGAAACAAUAUGUGAUGAUGGAAUAGAUAAUGAUCAUGAUGAUCUUGUUGAUUGUUUAGAUCCCGAUUGCUGUACAUCGACACAUUGUGACCGACUCAUUAAACUUGGUCCAAAUGCUGGUGGUCUAGCUGCUGAUAACGCUCAACAAAGUUGUGCACAUAGUGAAUCAUUUGAUUAUUACUUAUUAAUUACACCGAUUGCACCCUUGGACAGUGCAUUUUAUGGCCAAUUAGAAUUCCUUCUAAGACGUGAACGUAUUGUUGUAGAGAACUUUGAUCCCAGACGUAUUUCCGUUGUUCGUGGUGUGGUUCGUCAGUGGGAUGGAACUGUAUUUUGGGGUUGUCGUGUAUCCGAUCGAGCUAAUAUGCAAAAUGGAUAUACACUAACUGAUAAGAAUGGAAGAUUUGACUUACCAGUUGAUGGGGGAACAAUUGUUCAGUUAGAAUUCUUACGGUAUCCGACUGAUCGAUUUUCAGCCAUACAUAAUUUAUAUGUCCCUGUUAAUCAAAUUGUCAAUAUGGGUGAUUUUUAUAUGUAUGAUGCUAAACAAUUAUCACAUAAUGACCUACCCACAACAAUAACAACGAAAACUACUACAAAUAAUAUUAUAUCAGGGGAUUUUGGGGGUACACUUGGUCCAUCACCAAUACACGGGGAUCUAUGGAUUAUGAACAGUUUUAUGCCCAAGUUCUCAGAUAAAGAUAUAGUCGUAGAAAAUUUAUGUAUUAGUGGAAAUAUACAUGACAUAGUUACACUUGGUGGUCCUUAUAUCCAAAGCAAUUCAUUAAUGGAUAUUUCUACUAUUUGCCUAGAUGAGCAAAAUGUCAUAUGCGUCAGAAAUGGAGCAUUGAUGUAUAAUAUUCCGAUAAAGGAUACACAACUGCGGCUUAUAUACCGUUCCGAUCGCACUUCCGGUUACAAACCUGGCAUAUCUAUUCAUUUAUUAGCAUCGAAUCGCGCUCCACCUUUGAAUUUGAAAGAAAUUCACCUAGUAAUUGAUAUUGCUGGUCAACGCCACGUGAAGCUUUUAGAACCUGAACCUGGCUUACUAAACACUUUCUACUGGAAUAAAACGGAUGGUUACAAUCGCUCUGUUUAUGGUUUAGCUGAAGCUAAAGUAUCUGUUGGUUAUGCAUACACGAACUGUCCACGUAUUUUCUGGGAAUAUCGAGUUGUCCAACUACCCGGAAGCGAACUAAUCAGUUCAGAUUUAGCUAAUUGGAAUUUAAAUAUUUUACAUACGUAUGCGGUUAGCCAUGGGAUUAUUUAUCGCGGUGAUGGUUCACAUUUCUACUUGAAACAAACAGACUGGCAUAUUAGUGCAGUCAUUGGACUAACUGAACAACGUCGACCGCCAAACGACUGUAGUCAAUGUUCAAUUAAUGAUAAACCAACUCGACAAUUAUCUCUACGUAACCCAUACUGUUUACUAACUGAUUCAGUUGGCAAUCUUCUAAUUGGAGAUGGGGGAUUUUUACGUUGGUUAAAUUCAACUAAAUCAGCCGAGGAGUACAAGUCUUCAUCAGUGUUAUCGUCUUCUUCACUAUCUUUUAGAGCGCCACUGAUAAGAUCAGAUUCACUAAACAGUCCAUUUCAAGAACAAUUGAAACGUAAUGAUCGUAGAAGAUGGGAAACAAUAAUUGAUUACAAGCUUGACUUUCUUCAAUCUAAUUUUGAUGAAGAUCAGUUAACAAACUAUUUUAUAACUGUUCAUCCAAAUUAUAUAUAUCGUACAAACGAUUACACUAUGGUAACAUUAUUAGGGAACAGUGGAAAUGUUGGUGGAGCAGACCUUUCAAAUGGAUUAUUCCUGUCACACACGAGUAGUAAAAGCAUAUGGUGGCUAAAAACUACACCAGAUUUAUCAGCACACUUACUUAUUGGAGGAAAUUGUCAAUCGCCAAGCUCUAAAUCUAACAUUAAUUCUGAAUCAUCGUCCUCAACUGCAUUCAACUACCAAGAGUUCUGUAUUAAACAGAAUUUGACAUCCCCUAAAGGAAUUGUCGCUACACAAACGGAAUUGUAUUUUAUUGAUUCUCAAUCUAUUUGGUCAUUGUCGUUACGGCAAACUGGUUCUAGUACGAUCCCAUUUUCCCGACUUGUAAUUGGAAGUGAUCCAAAUUAUUUAUCAAAUCCAAAGUCACUUAACACAACUACCUCAGGGACCAGUAUUCCAAAAACAACUCCAUCUUCAUCGACACCACCUUGUGACCGAUCUGUCCCGGGAAAUCAGAUGUUGUUAAAUAAUCCUGAACACUUGGCAUUUAGCACCUUAGAGCAAACAUUAUACUUCUCUGAUAACGACCAUGUUUAUCGUUACCAUUUAGUCAAUCAAAUGGUAUCGUUAGCAGCUGGACGCCUUAAAGGCUGUCCUAUUAAAACAGAUGAUUGGAGUUUUGCUCCACUGGCAACACAAGUUGAAUUAGGUGAUAUUCGUGGUCUCAGUGUAUCACCUCAAGGUGAUUUGUUUAUCGCGGGACCUCAGCAUAUAUGGAUCCGUCGGUCGAAUGAUAAUCGCUUGUAUCCUAUUACUGGAAUUCAUCCUAGUCAACCUAGACAGUUCAAGGGAGAUGUGAAUAAUUCAAAGAAACGUCAUUCUAGCACUGAUGAAAGUGUUAUAGAUUUAGGAUUAGUCAAUGAAUUUUCAUUUAACAGUAUUAGCAGUAUAACUGUCAGUUUAUUUGGUGAACUAUUUGUAGCCGAUAAUUCACAUAACAGAGUAUAUCGUAUACAUUAUCAAUUGCCGGAAAAGUCUGAAACAGGCAACACAUAUCGUAUACUGUACUCACAAACAGAUGAAAUCGAUUCAUUCGGUUCUUAUGGCCAACUGAUUUCAACUGAGAGUGCUUCUACUCAAAUGAUAUCACAUAGACUGGAUUAUCGUAAUAAUGAAAUAAGCGGUUGGCUUUCACAAAUUCGUGGUGAUGAUCAUAAUAUUAAAUUAAGUAUACAUCGUGAUACACAUGGAAAUCUUUUACGCCUUCAAACCCCAACAGGUCAUCUGUACAAUGUAACACUGGAGCCUGGUUCUGGACAACGCAUUAGUACUCUUGUUGAUCCAGUUAACGGAGGUCUUUGGAAAUUUCUUUAUUCAUCAGACGGUCUCUUAACUUAUUUAAAAAAUCCACAGGAUUCAAGUUAUACACAAUUUCACUAUGCUCCUGAAUCAGGUCGUUUGCUACAAAUUACAUAUCCGAACGCUAAAUCUAUUGAUGUAGCUCGUAUUGUCAGGAGUCAAAUCCCUGUGAAUAUGAGGUUUCAUACUUUGGAUGAAGUUUCAAAUCAAGAUAAUACACCUAAAAGUGAUUCAACAAAUACUCCUGAUCAGUUGUCCACAGUAAUCAUGAUACAAACUACGGAUUCGAAUAAACAUGAGAUGGAAAUCGACUAUGGCGAUUCAAAUAAUCUUUGGAAAGUUCUUCUAGCGCAAGUUUAUCAAAUUCGAAAGGAUUUAUACGCACCAGUACAAUUGGUUCGACAAAUCACGAUACCUGGGAAUAGUAUAAGAAAUGCAAUUGAACAUACAAAUGUAUGGACAUAUCAUUUGAAUGAUCAAAGCAAUCCAAGAAUACUUGAUACUCAUACUUCAAUAGGUGGUGGAGGAUAUUCAGAUUUUGGCGUAAAUUUUGAUAGGAAGUCACAACCAUAUCACUUUUUUAAGAAUCAUUUUCGACGUAGUAUUUCGGCACAGAAUUAUCUAUCUGGAUCAGAUUUACAUCGUUCAAAAAGUCAAAUGUCCCAUCCUUUUUCUAAGAGAUUUACUGCUCGGUCUAUUUUCAAUUAUAAUGACAAGAAUUAUAAUAAUCUCGGUGAAGAAGUAGACUGGCAUUAUCAGAAGACCCUAACAGUGAAUGGUCAAAAUCUGCUCAAUGUUAAUUUUAACUGGGCACUACAAUUAGAAACUUAUCAACACGCUUCAACUGGACACAUUCUUUUGCAAGUCGUGUAUAAUGCGAAUUUUCAACCGAUGAUUUUUAAUGCUUCUGCAAAUUACUUGCAAUCGGCGGGAGCACAUGAAAUGUUUUAUCCAACAAAAGCAGAUUAUAUACGACCAGCUACAUUGAUACUUGCAUAUACAAAGACUGGACAUUUAAGCGCAGUUGAGUGGGGAAAUGCAAGUUAUCAUUUUUCCUAUGAUGUUCUGAAUCGAUUGAAAGCAGCCGAUUUAGGAAGACCUGCGGAUACUUUAUCAUUUCAAUAUGGAAUCCAAAAUAUUCCAUUUCAGCCAACAAUGGUUUCUGUGAGUGGAUCAGGUCUCUACACAUUACUUUAUUCUGAUAGCUUUAUUGGGUCUAGUGAACAUCAAGAAGCUAGUUCAUUAUCAUCAUCAAAAUCAGACUAUAUGGGUCUUUCUGGAGUUAUCACUCCAACCGGUCUUAGACGUCAGUUUACUCGAAUCAAUGGAAUAAAAGUUAAUCGUUUGAUGUUUACACCAUGGCUAGACUCACCCGGUUCCUGGGUCUAUGAAUGGGGAAGUGAUGUUGGUAGUUCUAUGAAAUUGUCAUCAGAUCAUUCACACUUGCUUCGUUUCAUAUGGCCAAGUAGUUAUAGGCGUAUAUCAUUAUUUCCUAAACAAAAUUUCGUAAUUUACGAUAAAACAUCAGUUCGAUGGGAUUCUAAUGGUUUGAAACAACCAGUUAAUAUAUUAACUGCUCCACUUGUACAGUUGACGGAUACUGCAUCUGGUUUUCGGUUACAGUAUCAGCGUAUCUUUCAAGGAAGUUUAUUACAAUCUUUGCAUAUAAAUCACCGACUACCAGGUGUAAAAACUGCCCAUCCUAAUCUUGGGGGAAUCCUGAAUGCUAAAUUCACUUAUGGUUAUGACUUAAAUAUGAAUCUUGUAAGUAUUCAUACAUCAUUGUUUAUAAGGAAUAAUGAAGACGAUUUUGGUAAUACAAUUAAUUCUGAUGAUAAGACAGUAUUGAAUGAAGAAUCAUCAAUCCGGUUAGAUUCAUUAACUGGUCGUGUAUUGACUAUGAAUGAAUUCACUAUCAAUCAUCAAUCCUCUUCAUUGCAUAUAACUUAUAAUUUAAAAAAUAUACAAAUUUAUCGUCAAUGGGAUGAUCGUCAACGUAUUAUACAAUGCGUAUUGCAUUCACUUAACAGCAGACGUGAAUUGUUAUAUAACUUGUCAUUAUCAUAUCAACCAAACGCUUUACAAGCCUUACAACAACGUGAAGAACGUGAAGGUCAAGUACCACGAUGGAUCACAUAUGUACAUGGUCCAGGUGGACGUAUAGAAGCUGUGGACCGUGAAGAAGCUGGUACAAGUUUAAGAUCACAUAGCCAGUUGAUUUACAAUGCUGAAGGACGAAUAGCACAUCUUCGUAUAGCUACAUCAGAUCCUCAGCUACCAUCGAAUGAGUGGUCAGAGUCUGGAUUAACAAGCCGUUCAGAAGAACUACAGUUCAUUUAUGACUCAAGAGGUUUAUUGGCAAAACGAGGCAACUGGCACUAUAAUUUUGAUGAAGAUGGAUUCCUGAUAAAACGCCAUUUACACAAUUUUUAUAUUACAGAUCAAUUUGCUUACAAUAGUAAAGGAUUGUUGAUAUGGGCCGAGCGUGCAGUUGACAAAAGUGUUGAUUCAUCGUCCACUGACAAUUUUCAUUCAACACCAUCGUCAUCAUCACCAUUGGAUCAAUGGGCUUUAGAGGAUGACGCCGGCUUAAAGCGUUCUUACUCAGUUCAAUUCAUUUAUGAUUCUGAGGAUCGGUUGAUAAUUGUGCGUGAUACCUUAAUUGUACGGGAUUCAGUUCAAUAUUUCUACGCUGAUCCCAAACACCCUACACGUGUAACACAUAUUUUUAAUCAUGGACGUUUGAAAACUAUCCGACUGUUAUAUGACCCUGUACAUGGUCAUGUAUUUGCUUUAGAACAAUAUGAUAAUGGUGGUUUAAAUACAAAUAACGGUAAAAGAAACAAUCUGAAUUCUAAUAGUAUUCCAUCUCCAAUGAACUCCUUCGAUGAUAAUCAGUUUCAUCAUGAUUCUACUAAUUCGGCACAAAAACGUGUAUUUUUCAUAAUUACUAAUCAUGAAGGUAGUCCAACUGCCGCAUUUUCCGAGAAUGGAAAGUUGGCAUGGGCUGCUGAAUACUCCGCUACAGGAAGUCGACGUCUAACAUUAUCUAGCCGCAACAAUUUCUUCACACGUGCCCUUAUUGAAGAAGUUGAUUUACCACUGGGUCAGGCCUCGUGCAUUACCGAUUUUCAUACUGGAUUUCUUUUCUGUCCACCAACUAGUCGUGCAUAUGAUCCUCUUGGUGCAACAUUUACUAGUCCGGAUUGGCGAGGCCUUAUUUCCACUCGACUUUCGAAUGUUAAACGUGAUCCAUCAGUAUUAGAUACUCACAAAUGGGGUCUGACUGAACAAGAAGCGUUAGGAACUGGCCCGAAUGGUCUCUUUGCAGAACUUCGUAAAGCUAUGACAUCACCUAUUUGGUGGCUUAAACAAGUUGGUUUCAAUCUGGACAAUUUUCUGACAAAGUUUGAUACGUUUGAAGGAAAGGUGGAUAGCAGUAAAAACUCACUCAAAAAUUCAUUGCCUUUAUUUCCAAUUGAUAUUACAUCCAUUCAUUCAUUUGAUCGCAUUCAUAACCAAGGUUAUAAACAGUUAAACAGCAAAUUCGAGCAUCUCAGUAUGUUGAAGUCUAAUCAGUUAACUCCUGGUGGACCACAUGGUAGUGGGCUAUCAAGCUUUCUUCUUGACUCAAGAGAUGUUAAUGAUGAAAUGUCUUUGCCUCUGUUACCCGCAAACACAAUGUUCGGACCUGAAGUCGGUUAUGUAGUUGACGAUGAUACUGGAUCUGUUAAAGUUAUCUCCAUCAAUCAAUCCCAGCCAACCAAGACGCAAUUCCAAGAUGUAUCAAUCGACAGUUCACUAGAAACAGAACUCGCUUCUAUACUUAUAUCAGAUACAAACCUUGUAGAUUGGUGGAGUUACUCGAAAUCAUCCUUCCCUUCCUCUCCAUCAUCAUCGUCAACAACAACAACACAAACAGCAGUAUCACAGCUCAGUACAACACUAUUCAUUCAACUAUUUCUAGCAACUAAAAAAGAUUUUCAUUCUACAGUAAAACAAUUAACUACAUUAGGUUUCCAACUACCAAUGUAUGAUCGUAUUAGUGGUAUCAAUUUAACAAUAAUGAAUACAAAUGAAAAAUAUAAAGAAUUAUGGAUUACACGAUAUAAUUUACAAUGGAGAAUAAGAUAUUUCAAUUCACCAUAUCCAUUAUCACCCACGACAGCAUGGUCUGUUCUAGUCAAUUCAACUGUUGACGAUGCUAAAAGACGUGGAAAAACAUCAGCUUGGUUGAAUGAAGUUAAAUUAACGCAGCAAUUCAUCCCAACACUCAAACCAACACCAUCAAAAAUCGACCAUCUUAAUAUCAAUCAAAAUAAUUUUGUCUAUCAUAAACUAACAUCCAAGUAUAUUUUGGGAUUCAAUUACCCAUGGAAUAGGCAUGAACUCAGCGAAUUAGUACAAAACAACACUGUUAUGAAUUAUCGUUGGAUCCCAACAAUAGAUUUUCUACAAUACUCAUCUUCUCCCUCAUUAUCUUCUGACACUUCUGCAUUAUGUAGGCUAUAUGAUCAUUCGAGUAUGUAUCAGAUACGACCAAAGGAAUUAAAUAAACACGAAAAAGAUUUGCAAAAAUAAACGGAAAAUCCAGUUUUCAUUGUAUAUUAUAAUCAAUAUUUUCCAAGAUUGUAAGCUUAAAACUUCAAUUUUGGCCUUAAUUCUACCACAAUCUUCCAUUGAAGUUAAUAAUUGGUGAUGUAAGUUUCAAUAGUCCUUUUAUAAUAACCACUUUGUCUGGUUAAAAAUGAACGUUUAAUGUAACUUGUUCAUACGAUAUUUUAAAAAAUAGUAGGUAUUCAAAAGGACGGUUUAAAUAAGAAGGAGGGUUUACUAGAAAUCCAGAUUUCCUCUGUGCAUCUAGCAGCUAAUUACUUUUUGUGGAAGAGAGCGGAGAAAACGUACCUUGAUAUUUCUUUUACAUCUUGCCCAAGAGAUAUAACUGAUAACAGAUAGUUUUUUCCCUAGUUUUUUUCCAUUCCUGAAUCAUAUAUAAGAAGCGUUUUGAACAAAAUUGAUACUUUCAACUCGAUAUUGUCUACCGAAUCGGGGAACCUAUAGCUCUGAAAGGUUGUAAGUGGUUGACUUUGAGUAACAAUUUCCUAAACCAAUAAAAAGUAUUUUGCGACUGUGGUGACGGGCGUGACAUUGAAAUAUGAGUUGACUCUAAUUUGGUUAAUCCACAUUUCAAUCAAUGAAAUAUUAUUUGGUCGUUGAUUCAUUCUGUAGGUUUAUGGAUUCUUGGUUUAAUCACUUUCAGUCAGAUGUCGUACAAAAGUUGCAAAAAAUCUUUCUGUAAUACAACAAUAUGAAACAAUCUGUAUGUCGAAUCCAAUUACAUUUUGUAAAUAAUACCUUAUUGUUUUUUGCAAACACAUUAACUUUUGCUCUUGUUUUUACUUUUUUUCAGUUAAAGAAAAAGUAUUGAGGUGGAAAUUGAAAACUAGUUCAUUGCUACAAUAAUAUUACGUAAUCUAAAAAAAUAUCUGGUAAAAAUUACUUUGUUUAUAUUACUGUCUGCUAUUUUUUGAGCAUUUAUUCCACAGACUGUGUUCAAUCUAUUCAACGUCUUUCAUGAAUGUUUCUCCUUCAAAAACAAGCGAUUUAUCUACUUGAAUGCUUAUUCCUCUUACAUAUAAGCGAAGGAAUCAUUUUUGAAUAGAGUUAUGGAAUAACAAUUUAAGAGAAAACAAAACGGAACUAUCCAUCUCGUCAUAACUGUCUCUUUAGCUUCUUAUCCACCUGUGAAUUUUUUUGGUUAAUCGGUGCAGACAUCUGUUUUUUUUCUUAAAAUAUUCCUUCUGCUACUAAUGAACGGCUAACGUAAAACACAGAGGGUACACAUAUGUAUAUAUAUAUAUAUAUAUUUGCGAAAUCUUUUUGAAAGGUUAUUAAAUAUAUAACAAUAAUAGUACGGUAAUAUGAUUUUGUCUUUGACUCCAUUUUUUCUUGUCACUGUCCACAUAAUUUUAUUAUUAUUCAAAGUCUAAGAAGAAAUUUCCAGUUAUUUUAUUAAGAUCUCUUGUUGUAACUAGCGUUUUUUAGUGUUACCGUUUUAUUUCGAUUUUUCUUUUCUCUUAGUAGUAACGUAAUGUGUUACGAACAUGCAAUGCAAAUUUAUAUUUUUUUAUCAAAACUAUUAUUAUUAUUAAAAUAUGAUUUGAUUAAUUUGUUAUCGUUUUAGCUCUUCACAUUAUGACUGCAACUGUCAUUACAACUAAUACUGAUAGUAAUAUCCGUAAUAACUGAGAUAGUAUUACCAUGAUAAUUUGUUUGUGUUCGCUUGUUUUUUUUAAUAGCUACUGAACUUUUGCCGAACUUGAAAUAUCACAGAAGCAAUACAGAAUAUUGUAUUGUUGAUAAUCAUGAUAUUAUGUAGAUUGUUGUGCUUGGUUACCCUGUUAUUUUAAGUUAUUUUGUUGAGAUUAUUUUACAUUUGACUGACUUUUAUGUUGACAAAAAUCAUCUACGUUUCGGCUUAUUCACUCAUACACAUGUACACUUUCACGAUACAAUAUGACUGCAUAUAUGGGAUCUGAAUAAUGUAAUGAAAACUGUAUUCGGCGUUAUCAUGUUUUGUUUAUCUGUUCACUAAUCCGGUUACAUUUUGUUCUUGUCGUAGUCCGCCAAGUACACGUACAAAUGCAUAAAUAAAUAUAUUGUUAUUCUGCACUCCUCCAUUGCAUUCUUUCCAUCUUUUAAACAUUUUAUGAAGGAUAUAUUUAUUUUUCAAUUUAAGUUUUUAACUGCAUGAUUUCGAUAAUCGUUAUUUGUAACCUCCUUUAUAAAAAAAAUAACACUGAGCCUUUUCCCGUUUUUACGUAUUUGUUCGUGUUUGAGUGUCACGAAGUACCAGGAAAAUAUUACUGGUAAUGUUGUUUGCACUCUCCUCAUCUCAUCAAUGUUGUUAUCAUAAUUAUUAUAUUGUCGCAUUAAAGCAAAAUGGCAAUGUAAAAAGUACAUUAUAUAUAUCCUGUAAGUACGUCUUUUCGAUUUUUGUGUAUGAGUACGGUCUGAUUAUCGUGUUAUAUUGACUAGUAUACACGAAAUGUAUUUAGAAUGAGAUGCGUCUUUUGCCUUUGUAGUCCUCUACCUCCUAUUUAUCUUUCUUUCUCGAAUUUACUUUUCUUAUAGCACAAAUACCAACAACUGCAUUAUAUUACAUUUACCAAUGUACACUUUUUUAUAAUCAAUAUAGUCUGCAUGCACUAACAUUAUGCAGCUUUUUUAUAUUGAAUAUAAAUGGACUAACAAUAAUCAUUUCAUCGUCGUAUUGUUCUUCUUCAUGCUUUUGUUUCUGUCUAUUUCAUGAUUAUGUAAACAGGCGAAAAUAAAGAAUGAAAUUCAACUUGUAUGUCGUUUUUUCUCGUGAUUAAUCUUAGUCUGUAUUCACUUUGCAUCAUUUAUAUGUAUAUUAAUAUUGCAAUUAAUUAUGAUUGCUACUUAUAUAUAGCAAAUGUUUUCUCAUUCAAAUAGAUAACGUAAUUCUUUUUCCCAAUUCUAUUCUAUGUAGUCACUAUUUUAUUUCUAAUGAAAAAUAAUCAAUUGUUAGUAAUAAUUGCAUACAAACACUCAUUACCUCGCCUAUUAAGACUUAGUGAGGACUUCUUUCACACUAUUCGAUAUUUUUUACUGUUAAUACACUAUCAAUUCUUUGAUAAGGUCCCAGUCCACUCGAAACUCUCAAAAAUCGGCGAAUUUACUACUUAUAUUAAUUAGACAACAUUAGUCGUUGUUGAUUAAAAAUUAGACAGUCGGUUAUAGUCAAUUUAGGAAUUAGCGCAAAUAUAUAUCAGUCUAAUUUAUGCUAUCUCACAUAGGCAUAUCUAGAAAUCAAAGUAGAGUAUUCUGUCCUCAGAUAAUAUACACAGUAAUCUAAACCUAUACUAUUAUCCUUACAACUUACAAAGACUGGGUAUCCUCAUAUGUCUUGCUUCCGUAUGCCCUUUAUAUAAUUCCUAGUCUCUAAUUAUGAUUAUAAUGCCUGAUUAGGACAUUAGUUUUCAGACAAUAAGUAACUCGGGAUUAGCAAGUUAACAUAACUGUUAUAACAGUACUCCUCUAAUAAAUUUAAAAUAACUCAUUAUUCCAGUAAAAAUACAUCUCUUGAUGCACACUACCUGAAAAUCAUAUCAAAAGUGAUAUUCAGGUUUUACUAACCUUGUUACUCAACUAUAACUUUUUUGUAAAUCCUUGUAAAUUGAAGCAAAGAUUGACUUACGUUAUCGAAUGAUAUUUGCAUGCGACUCAGAAACCUAAUGAAGCGCCUGACUCAUUCAAGACUAAAUAACUAACUUGAUAAAAGAAUUAACCAUAAUUCCCUCAGUAAGGAAAAAAUUAUCUCCAGUCAUUUCCUGAACUAAG